AAGGUGCGGGCGGGUGGCGAGGGGGGCGCAAGGCGCACGGCGAUGGUGGCUCCCCUCGGGGCGCUGGCGACCCCCUGAGACAGACCCCCACCCCACCAGCCGCCCCCAGCCCCUUCCCGGCUCGUGUGGAUGCGGGCCGGGGUGUCUGGCUGCCAGCGCGGAGCGAGCAGAUGCUGGGGGGCCGGAGGAGGAUGGAGUGCGCCCUGGACGCCCAGAGCCUGAUCAGCCUCUCCCUGCGCAAGAUCCACAGCUCCCGCACCCAGCGCGGGGGCAUCAAGCUCCACAAGAACCUGCUGGUCUCCUAUGUGCUCCGCAACGCCCGGCAGCUCUACCUGAGCGAGCGCUACGCCGAGCUCUGCCGCCGCCAGCAGCACUACCAGGAGGGCGGCAUCCUGCUCGGGGCGCCCCCGGGCUGCGCGCCCGCCGGGGGGAUCCCGCCGGAGUUCAGCCCGCUCCAGCUGGCGGCCGAGCCCGAGGACCCAGAGCCGGGCAUGCAGCAGCCGCGGAGCUGCGGGCUGGGCGGCGCGGCGGGGGCAGCCCUGGGGAGAGGCGGCGGCGGCGAGCUGCUGGAGGUGCCCGUGUGCGCCGCGCUCCUGCCCGGGGCGCCCCAGGAGGACGAGCCGCUGGAGCUGCAGCCCAGCCCGCCCCAGCAGCCGGCGGCCCCUUCGGCGCUUCGCAGAGACUCUUCCCCUGGCUUCUACCGGGGCAGCGGCGCUUCUCCGGGGCUGCUCUACCAGGUGCCGGCCAGCUGUGACUUCGGCAGCCCGGCGCCUCCGGGCUCGGCCGUGAGCGCAGCGAGCGGCGGCGCCUCGGCGCACUGUAGCAGCCGCACCACGGUGCUGGACCUGGACACCCAUGUGGUGACCACGGUGGAGAACGGCUACCUGCACCAGGACUGCUGCUCGCAGUGCCCCUGCUGCUGCCAGGGCGCCGCGGGACUCGGCGCCCCGCCGCCUACCCCGGGCGCCAAGCGCAAGUACUACCCGGGGCAGGAGGACGAGGAGGACGGGGACCCGGGAGGGGUGGUGGUGGGGGGCGGCGGCUCCCCCUUCUCCCCUGGCAGCAAGCGAGCCCGCUUCGAGGACUUCAGCCCCGAGCAGCCCCCGGACUCUUCCAACAUCUCCAACUUGAUCUCCAUCUUCGGCUCCGGCUUCACGGGGCUGGUGAGCCGGCAGCAGGCGGACUGUGAGCAGCCCCUCAACGGGCAGCUGUGCGGCAAGCAGGCGCUGGCCAGCCUGGGAGCCUGGACUCGAGCCAUCGUGGCGUUUUAGGGGCGGGGAUGGACGCGGAGGGGGGGGGGGGCGAUCCAAGGGACACGGACUCCAGAGGGGCCCCUGAAACAAAGAGGGGCGGGCGGGUGGCUGGGGCGGGAGGGGGAGGGGGAAGCCGAGCUCAUGUUUUAUAAACUGUACAAUAAAAAUCGCAGAUCUUGGGACUUUAUUUUUGCAGAGAUGAAAAGCACCUAUUUAACUAUUCCGUGGGGCCGCUCGGGCUUUAUUUUGUAUUGAGUGCGGGGGCGCCUCCAACCCGGGAGCAUGCCACGUGAGGCCAGGGCUGCUGGCCGGAGGAAGCCCUGUGUGCCGGGGAAGAGUUUGGAAAGCUGCACUUCGCUGUCCCUGGAGGAGCUGCUUUUGCUGGGGGGGGGGUGGGAAGAGACGCCCAAGCUUGCAGUGGCCGUUGGACUAGCUGGGGGACGGGGGCAUUCUGCCUGCAGGUCGGGGGGGGGCUAAGCGGGGAGAAUGAUCCCCCAGAAAAAGGGGGAGCAGAGUGGGCUCGAGUUUGUUUUUGUUGUUGCCGCGGCACUGACACGCUCACUAACGGUCCCAGGCUGGGGGGAGACGGACCCCCGGCGCGUUUGCAAGGUGCAUAGCUCGCGGGGCGGAUUAAAUCCUUCUGCCCCCCAUUCAAACUACUUCUUUGAGUUCCGUUUUUCUUCUCCCCUUCCAACACCAGCAGCAUGGGUCAGACCCUCCAGCAGCGAGCAGCCUUCCUCUUGCUUGCGCUGGGGUUUUUCCCUUUAUCUUGGGGGGGGGGGGGGGAAAGGCAGCAAUGAAAACAUUUCAACUUUUCCCCCCCUCGCCAGGAGAACUGUCUGCUGCGACCCUCUGCCCACCGGGAGUGCCAGGGUAACGCAAGAGAGCACGAUCGCUUCUCUUGGGGAAGAAAAAAGGGCGGUUUUGUCUUUUCCCCCUUCCACUCGUCCGGCUGCUCCAUGGGACCUGGAGUCCUGCCGGCCACGGCUUUGUAAGCGGACACGGUGGGUUUGGGGACAACAUGGCACACUACAUUUCCCAUCAUGCAGUGCUCUGCAGUCCUCUCCCCCCCACCCUCGCUGUGUGUUUGUGUACCUUCACCUAGGGCUAUGCGACGGCCACAGGUAAACGUGUUACCCCUACUUCUAACGUCUCUUUCAAUGUGGGGGGGGGGGGUUGUUUUAAAGUUGGACUGUGCUGGUUUCAGCCUUCCAAAGCCUAAAACCAGCGUUGCUUGCUCCUUGUGACCAGAGGUGUGGCCCCUUGACUCGCCCCACCACUUUAUUAUUAUUAUUAUUUGGGAAUUUUGUUU